AUAACUUUCUUAACACGAGAGACAUCUCUUCGUAUCGACACUAAGCUGAUAUAUUCUAACUACACCGUACACCAGGAAAACACACACACACACACACAAAUUCGGUAUCAAAAGGACGUGCCUUGCUGGUAUAUGAUCGAUCACGAUCUCCGCGCCGAUAGCAGCCGAAACCCGUUGCCCGGGUCACUGACAGUCGCUUCGCUUCAUUACUAUUCUGAAAGUAUAAUUAUAAUAUAAGCCGACUCUAUCCGUUACUCCGUACGAGGACAGAUAUCCUUAACGAACGAACAAGCUCUCGCAGAAGAGGAGAUCCCUUCGAUUUGAUUCACUGGGCCGAUCGAUCCACGCGGAAAUAGCGUGUUGCAUUUAUAAAAGAAAGGCGAACGCGGUUGAGAUCGAGCGAGGCCCAAGUGGAGGGUCAGGGUCAGGGUCAGGCGAUUCCGCCGCAAGGAACAAUUUCGAGCGAAGAAGAGGGUCCCAGCGACCCGGGAAACGAACCAAUCAUUGAUUCCGACGAGUCGACGGUGAUCAUGGGUGCCCAGGAAGAGGAUACCAAGUCGAGCACCAUGGGUGGGGUGCUACCAGUGGUGGAGGUCGCAUCGCUGGUAGAGAAGGCCAAGUUCUACACGUCCCUCUGCCUGGGCACCACGGCGAUCCUCGCCGUCUUCGCGUUCCUAUUUCUAAUUCCUUUCGUGGUCGAGCCAGCGAUCUCCACGAUCCUGGCCGACUUCUCUCCUCACGCCGUAGCCUGUGUUGUCACCGAUCACGUUUACGCUGAGGGACUCAAGAACUGCUCUUGGGCAAGCUGUAGAGAAGGUUGUACCAGCGCUGCUCUACGUUGUCACCAAAUCAGAGUGAACUACACGCGACUGUCGUUCGAGGAAUACAUGGCGAAACCGCUCGGUUCCAUUCCCUGGGAUGUGCCGGACACGAAAUUCUUCGUGAACACGGAAGGCUGCGGCUACCCGCCUCGGGUCAAUUGUUCCGACUUCGCGAGGAAAUACGGAUUCUCGAACAUUGGGAAGAUAUUUCCCUGUUAUUACAGCAGAACGUAUCCCGAGACCGUCGUCGCGAGGUAUUCCUGGGACGAGAACCUUAGGCAUCUGGUGCUAGCAUUAGUGGUGCCCAUAGUUCUGUUCGUGGUGUCUGUCGCUGUAUUGUGCUAUUGGUACUGUCCGCCAAUGGGCAAGUCUUGCGGCGGACCAGGUCGCAAUCUCAUUGAGAAGUACGCCAGGAAGGAAGAUAUCCUGGGAGAGGACGAGUUCGAGGAGGACGAGGAAGAAUACUGACUGCUACCAAGGGCUCACCCCCCAGCGCGGGAGUGACGCCGCAGAAACAACCGAAAGUCUCCAGCGUACUUUACGUUUUAACCUUUAAGCGUUCGUUCAGAAGCAAUAUAGCAGCAUUAACAGAAAUCUCGUCGACGAAGUGAAACACUUCGCUACACCGGAAUUAAUUUCGAAUCGAUCCAUUCCCAACGAUGACGUUCGAAAUCGAUGGAAUUUAUCGCGCGCGCUUGAUCGGUUUAUGCUUUCGCUAAAAAAUCAAAAGACACCGGCUGUGCCGAGAACAGCAUUAUGAUCCCGCGGAUUUUGCGAUCAUUCACAAAAAAGAAAGGAAAUUCAAAUCGAUUCAUGGGGCGGUACUGUGUUGCCAAUGACGAUACCCACACCCGUUUGUUUUCUCCGAAUCAGUUUCCAGCGAGACCUUACAAGCGUAAGCGAUUAAUUUCUCCCGAUUAAUCUAACCGCGAUUAAUCUGUCGUGAUCACUCGAAACGCUUGGCGUUGCGUUGGCGCGAAUCGCGAGACGACGCGCGCCGACACUGCAAUCCGUAAUUUCUCCGAGUAACUUGCUCGUACAAAUUAAUCAGAUGUCUGCGAUAUUUUUACACCGCGCAACGUGGAACCAAGAAACAGAUAAUCUCGCCGUACAACGAUCGCGAUCGUUCUUUUUAAAAAGAAAAAGGAAGGGAAGGGAGGGAGAAGCACGUCGCCGCAAGAUUUUUUAUACGGAUGCAAUAAAACGAGCUAAAGGGGAUAGUGAAUUGAAACGAGGUGAACGCGGCUGGUUGCCAGCGGAGAACGACGAUCAUCUACCAGUAUUUAAAUGUGGUUCAGAAGUACGACGAAAUAGGUGCGCCUUUCUAAAACGUGAUAAACGUAACGCGUAUGGAAUCAAUGUCCGUUAAGUGACACGUUUUAAACGCAGCAUUUGUUUCUAAUAGGAUAAGCGGAUCAGCUCGUGUACCCUAACUCGUAAGACCGUAUGUCGUAAGUCGUAAGUCGUGCUUACUCGGACUCGGGUGAAUUCGAACGACUAGUGGAGAAGCAAUUGCAAACACAGGAAAAAUCAAUCGUAAUACUUCUCACUCGAAUUAAACGUUUAUCGACAUCUCGAUGUGGCUUCAAGUUCUAUUCGCCGAACAUUCGGUAUCGUUUCUUUCUUUCGGCGUUUCAACGCAACGCGCGCGUCCUCUUCUCAUCCACCGAUGAGAAAUCAACGAAAAUUUUAGGGACGUCGACGAAAGCUGGCUGAGCUUUCCAGAGAAUUUCAUAAUACGUGGAUCGAUUUUGCAUAUUUCGCGAGCACGGAAGCUUAUUUGGAAGAUUGGCCUCCGAUGGAGAAGUUCGUUUAUCGGUGCUUUACGCGCGUACUUUCUUUUCUUUUGCGGCGUUUGUCAAGCCUUAACGCGUUUUCCUUUUUCUUUCGCGAUGUUAAACAAUGGAACGUAAUGUGUAUUAUACUUAGAAAUUUAAGAAUCUAUGGGAAGAUAGAGCUCGGUUAAUUGACGAGUGACUGAGAGAAGAUUUGGGAACUGAUCGUGGGGAAGAAACAAGGCUGCGAAAUGAUUUUUGCUUCGCCGGAAGUUAGCAACGCGGACGAUCCGCAAAAAUGUUACACCUAUUAUGAAACUCUGCCUAUAUUACAGAAGCAACAAUCGAUUUAUCGAGCGUUUCGAAGAGGGAUAAUCAAAUUCCUACGAAGGCUCGUGUCACGCGCAUUCGGAUAAUUUCCUCGAUGCUUUUUUUCGGAAGCUCGUUACCAUACCGCGAGCGUAUCGAAAGCAACAAAACGUUUUCAAAGACGAUCGCAAUGUUAUAUCAAAAAUAGCCUAACAGUAGUCUUUCUUUUCCAAUGGUUUCUCGAAGAGAACAUUCAUUUCUGAGUUGAACGUCCGUAAUCAGCAAUUAUGUGAUAACGUAUCCAUGAUUUGUAAUUCUGAGAAUAGUGACGCGAUCGCCUCCAGGAUCUGUCUUCGCACCAAAAAACAAAUAAGUAAACAAACAAAUAAAUAAAUCAAUAAAUGAAUAAAUAAAACAAUUCGUAGGUUAAGUCUAGGCUGUAAGUUAAGUCUGUGAAUAUUAACCGAUUAAUUAAUCUACAGAGAUUGAUAUAAAGGGUUAAAUUUAACCAGUUUUUUACGCGGACGCAAAUCGCGUCUUGGCCCUAGCUAAACGAGAUAUUCGCGUAAUGCGCAAGUGCACAGAUGCACGCGUCGUUGCGCACGUAGUUUACAGCUGUAGAGAUCAGUAUUUCAGUUUUGUUUUUUCGAAGGGAUGAGCGAUUUGUUCCCAUAAGCUACGAAACAACGUGAUCUAGCGACCAUAGUUAGCCAACCGAAAGAAAGAAUUCAUUGCACUCUCGAAUAGUAGAAAUUUCUAUAUAUACCAUACGAUAUAUAUAUACAUAUACACCUA